CACGUACCUCAGCCCCCCACCGUUUUUAUUUUUAUUUUCAUUUUCUCGCUCAAUUUUGUUACCAUCCAAACACGUUCUCUCUCCAAUUCCCACCGCUAUGUCCACAGAUCUCCAGCUCCUCCACGAUCUCUCCAAACCACGAGUCUCCUCCACCGCCUCCGCCGUCAAAAUUGAGCUUACCGAUCUCGACCAUGCCGAUCGCUUAGCCACAUCGGCGGAGGCUGCGGCGGUCCACAGCGGCAGGGAGGAGGACGAGAGCUGUAGAACUCCGACGUCCAAGGAGAACAGAAUUCCCGAGGCUCUGACAUGCCCGCCGGCCCCGAAGAAGGCGAAACGCGCCGUUUCCUGCAAGAGAAAGCUUCUGGAGGAGUUUCAGUUGUUUGAGAAGGUGAAUAAGGACGAGAUCGAUGGAUUCUUCCGAUCGAAUUUCCCGAAGAGGAGCUGCCGGUGUACAUGAUCAUAUCAUAGCAUGAACCUGUUCGUGCUAUUCACGUGGCUGUUAUGAGAGUUUAACAAAGCCAGUGAAUUCGCCAUUUCAUCAUCCUCAUCUUCUUCUUCGUCGUCGUCUGCUCUCUCUCCUCUCAAUUUCAACCUGUUCGAUUCGUUUCCUUUUUUCUUUCUUUAAUUUUUUUUUUUUAGCCUUACACGUUAAUGUUUAUAUAUCCAAUUCGCAUAAUAUAUAUUAAUAUAUGUGAAAAUAUAUUAGAUCCUGAAUCCAGUAUGUUCAUUAAUUACAUAUAUCAACGAAUUGUUGAUUCAA